GUUAAUAGGUAGGAGACCUGCCUUGUUUUUCUCUCUAUUGGCCUCUAUGCGGUGCAGUUUCCCUCGGCGUUUUCUUUGUUUUUCCAUCCCUCUCUCUCUCGUCCGCUGCCCGUGAUCUCUCAUCAUUACGGCCGCUGGUGUUUAAAAACAUUUAUAUGAUGGCGGAGGACAGUGAAUCCGCGGCCAGCCAGCAGAGCCUGGAGCUGGACGACCAGGACACCUGCGGCAUAGACGGAGACAACGAAGAGGAGAAUGAGCAUAUGCAAGGGAGUCCAGGUGGAGAUCUGGGGGCAAAGAGGAAGAAAAAGAAACAGAAGAGGAAGAAAGAGAAGCCGAGCUCAGGGGGAGCAAAGUCAGACUCUGCAUCUGACUCCCAGGAGAUCAAGAACCCAGGCUUGCCAAUUCAAAAGCUGCAAGACAUCCAAAGAGCCAUGGAGCUGCUGUCCUGCCAGGGUCCAGCAAAGAGCAUCGAUGAGGCAACCAAGCACAAAUACCAGUUCUGGGACACCCAGCCUGUGCCGAAACUAAAUGAGGUGGUGACGAGUCACGGGCCAAUAGAGGCAGACAAGGAAAACAUUAGACAGGAGCCAUAUUCCUUACCUCAAGGCUUUAUGUGGGACACUCUCGAUCUCAGCUGUGCAGAUGUACUGAAGGAGUUGUACACAUUGUUGAAUGAGAACUAUGUGGAGGACGACGAUAACAUGUUCAGAUUUGACUAUUCACCAAACUUUCUAAAAUGGGCUCUGCGUCCACCUGGCUGGUUACCACAGUGGCAUUGUGGAGUGAGAGUGUCCUCGAAUAAGAAGCUUGUUGGCUUCAUCAGUGCCAUCCCUGCAGAUAUACGAAUCUAUGACAUAGUGAAGAGGAUGGUUGAAAUCAACUUUCUGUGUGUCCAUAAGAAGCUUCGUUCAAAGCGUGUUGCUCCUGUGCUAAUCAGAGAAAUUACACGGAGGGUGAACUUGGAAGGAAUAUUUCAGGCAGUAUACACAGCAGGAGUGGUGCUUCCUAAACCUGUGUCCACAUGCAGGUAUUGGCAUCGUUCCUUGAACCCCAGAAAACUUGUGGAAGUGAAAUUCUCUCACCUGAGCAGAAACAUGACCCUGCAAAGAACCAUGAAACUCUACAGACUACCAGAUAGCAUCAAGACUCUGGGUUUGCGGCCGAUGGAGAGGCGUGACAUCCCACAGGUAACCGAGCUGCUGCAGAAAUACCUGAGACGUUUCCAACUCGCACCUUCUAUGGGAGAAGAGGAGGUGGCUCACUGGUUCCUGCCACAGGACAACAUAAUUGACACAUAUGUGGUAGAGGGAGCUGGUGGUGUACUGACAGACUUCGCUAGUUUCUACACUCUGCCCUCGACAGUGAUGCAUCACCCGCUUCACAGGAGCCUGAAGGCUGCUUACUCUUUUUACAACGUUCAUACACAAACCCCACUACUGGAUUUAAUGAAUGAUGCACUGAUCCUGGCCAAACUGAAAGGGUUUGAUGUUUUCAAUGCCUUGGAUCUAAUGGAGAAUAAAGUGUUCCUGGAGAAGCUCAAGUUUGGCAUAGGAGAUGGAAAUCUGCAGUAUUACCUCUACAACUGGAAAUGUCCCUCAAUGGACCCUGAUAAGGUUGGCCUGGUUCUUCAGUAGCAGACCUCCCUUAUCCAAGCUGCUACACAAACACUGAUCAAGAGGUCAGAAGUCAGCGACCUGUGGCUAUUCCUUACCUGGACAUACAGGUAGCCCAAGCUAGACAAUGAGAACUACAACAGAAAAAAAACAACAACCCCUGGGAGGCGGUUCAGCCGGCACUCAUGUCAUUAAGAACAAUUCUCUGUUCACCUGGAGGUGAAAACUGAAAUCAUCAACAUCCUGAAUGUGAAGUCAUGCUAUGCCUGAGAUACUCAUACAGUACAAUGCUCCUGACAUGCACACUCCCAUUUAAAACACAUCAGUUUGACAAACCAGAGGAUGCCCUGAUGUUGUGAGUUAUUUUUAGUUCUCCUCAGCAGACGCCUUCUUAAAGGGACUGGCAUGUUAUUUUUAAUUUAGCUGAUAUUGAACUAUGUAAAUGAUAAUCAAUGAACAUAAACAUGACUACAUUACAAAAUGACUAGUUUUUGUGCCCAACCUGCAACUGCACACUUGCAGAGGAUCUUAAAGGCAACUGAUGAGUUAAUGUUUGCAUACCGUCUCAUAUCCCUGAGGACGGGAGUUUCUCUGCUGUUUUUGGCCCUCAUUAGAAAAGACAUGAAUGUGUUUCUUUGAAGGCUAUGCGUAACGAUUCCUUUACCUCAAGGAUUCUUUUGAUUAUGAUCAACAUUUACAUGAAAAAUAUGUUCACACACACACACACACACACAAACACAUGCAUACACACAAAGGAAGGACUCAUUCAACUGGUGCAUUGAUAAACCUGUUUCUGUUGAAAAUAUAUAGUGACCUGUACAUUUAAAGCCAGAUCAUAUUUAUUCCUGUAGUGUGAGUUUGGGGUUCGGGAGGGCUGAUCCAAAGUAUUUUCCUCCAAAGUAGAGUAGGUGUUACUGAGUUUGUUCAGAACAUGUGGGUUUUAAUGGUUUUUAAUGAAGAAUGUAUUGCCUCAAAGAAGCACAAUUUUUUUUUUUGAGUUCAUUAACAAGCAAAAGGGUCUAUUUUAUUUUUAUUUUUUUUUUAACGGGUCAGAUUUCAACACAGAUAGGCUGUACUGUACAGACUGUUCAACCUUGUUUUGUUUGUUUUUUAACAAAGGAUUUGAGCUGUUUUUAUCUUACAAACCCUUCUCUAGAGCUGACUGGGGAUAGCAAAUUUGCUAAAAUGGAGAAAAAAAGCAACUAAAAAUAAGGAUGGCAUGUUCAGUGCACAAGCAUGGAAGGUAAAAUUUACAACAACGGCUAGAAAAGAGAAAUAAGGUUUAAAAUACAGCCAACAGUAUUUUAUUUAGAUUUUGUAUAAGAGACUUCUCAAAAUAGAUGUAGUGCUGGUCUAAAGACAGUUUGGUAGUUUAAAAAUGGAUCACUAACCUAAAGAAAGAGUAAUGUUAAAGCAGCUUGAUUGGUUCUCUUUUUUAAUUUAGUCAUUUUCAGUAUGUUGUCGGUCAUUACUUCUAUCAGCAUAGAACUGAGUGCGAUGCCCAUACAGCAGCUGAUGUUCAGAAAAGGUUCAACACAUGGCUCAUAAAGAACUUUGUGUACGUGAACAGUGAUCCCCUCGCCUGCUGCAGGAUAUUUGUGUUCUCAAUCAAACUCUGUUUGGUAAAACAGAACUGAGCACAAGAUCAAAGUGUUAUGGGAAAAGUGAAUAAGCUAUUAUUUGGAGAACAGUGGAUGCAUUUACAAAAGCCUGUAGAAGAAACAGCAUCUUUUUUUAAAUAAGCAUUUCCCUGAUUUUCCGGGUCCAUUUUUAUUGACUUCUUUGGAUGUUUUUAUUUUUAUUUUUUAUGGUACUGUAUUUGUUUAUCAAAAAAAAAAUACUGUCGGUCAUUUUCUCAGUGUGUUGUGUGGCCUGAAGUGUGAAACAGUUCAGAUAUUUAUUAAUGUACUUGGCAACAUUUCUGAAUACAUCAUUUAUGUUGUUUUCUUUGGAGCAAUGUCCUGAACUUUCAAGUAAAAAAAAAAAAGGAAAAAAAA